AUGGCGUCUGCACGAUUAUCUCGGCCACUCCAGACCCCAGAUCCUACAUUAUGGCGGUCGCUAUUUCGGGCUACUCUGCGAGAAUGCACGUAUCUCCCUGAUCCCAUUGCUCGGGAUUACAUGCGUGAACAUGUCGUGCGUCGCUAUCGCCGAUCUCAAAAAUCCCACCGCUCUGACCCCGAUCUAGCUCGGUCGGCCAAACAUGGUCUCUCUGUGCUUCAAAGGGCGAACCAGGGUUAUCAGCGACCACUCGAAAGAGUGCUGUUCAUGUCAUAUGGCCGUAUAGGAAAACGACGACAUGAUUUACUGGCCGAGUUGAUGAAGCCCCAAGUCCCCAGGGACACCAAGGCCGUGAAAGAACUCAUUGCUCAACCCAUCCAGUUCGAAGAUGGCUGGGAACCACCAGAGACUAUUAUGAGUCUUGCCAAAUCUCAAAUGCACAAUGGUGUCUUGUCUUCAUCACGGAUUCGUCCUGUGUUGAAGAACCUGAACCCACCAAUUCCCGAGACGAACAGCUGGGGUAAACCCGUGCCCCAAGUCCGUCGAGUCAACAUCCGAAAAAGGUGGUACGGUAAUAUGCUGGAAUCUCUUCUACCACCACUACCAGACUCAGAGCUCCGAAUUCUAGACGGAUUGAUUCAAGGAACCGUGGACUGGGCUCCACGGCGGCGAAAGCCAGUCGAAGUUAUCACAUCCCAUAGCGAGGAUGAGGAUAACGACCCUUUACUGGACUUUCUGACCAGAGGCCCUCAGAAAGGUCAUACUUUCCGUGACUUUGCGAAUGGCCGGCCACACGAAAUCACCGACCGUUUCAUGCGUCGUCUAUGGAGGCGAAUCUCGUCCCUCGUUCCGCGGAUGCAGUACAGCGUCACGACGAAUAAGUGGUUCUUCAUCUGGGACACCCCCAAGACAAUGCCUCAACUGGCCUUUGAGGUUGACACCGAGGCAGAUUUGGACCAUAUCUUUGGUGAGGCUGAUACGAAAGGCAAGGCCAGGACUGAGAGCAAGCCCGAGACUCAGCCGGAGACAUUGGAUACUUCCAGCGAGGAGCCAAAGGUCUAG